CAAAUGUCACUCGCCUGUUCCUCAAAGAAUGUCGAAAACAGGUCAAGUGAUAGUAUUGUUUCUGAUGGUUUUGUCUUUGAUAUUGAUCCUAGUUUGUUGCUGGAUUUUGAUAAACUGGUCAUUGAUGAGAUCAUCGGAGAAGGCUCAGAUUCCAUUGUAUACCGAGGAUGGUAUGAAGAUCAUCCGGUGGCUAUUAAAGCUAUGCAACCGGAGAACACAAAGGAUGCACCGCCUGAAUCUAAGCUCAAAUUCGAGAGGGAGGUGAAGCUUUUAUCUAAGAUUCAACAUACAAAUGUUGUAAAGUUUAUUGGAGCCACUGUGGAACCAUCAAUGAUGAUAAUCACAGAACUACUAGAAGGUGGUUCACUUCAGAAAACCAUGAAGAGUAUCUAUCCAAUAACUUUCUCAUUGGAACAAUGUUUGAGUUAUGCUCUUGAUAUAUCACAAGCUAUGGAGUAUUUGCAUUCUAAUGGCAUCAUUCACCGUGAUCUCAAGCCUGGUAAUUUACUGCUUACAAAAGACAAGAAUAAUAUUAAACUUGCUGAUUUUGGGAUAGCUAGAGAGAAUAUAUGUGAUGAGAUGACUUGUGAAGCUGGUACCUAUAGAUACAUGGCUCCUGAGAUUUUAAGCAAAGAUCCACUUCCAAAAGGAGCAAAGAAAAGCUAUGACCACAAAGCUGAUGUGUACAGUUUUGGAAUGGUUCUUUGGUCUAUGAUCAAAAACCAAACUCCAUUUAAAGAUAGAAAAGAUUUCAUGGCUGCAUAUGCUACCGUAAACAAUAUGAGGCCAAGUUUGGAUGAUUUUCCUGAAGUGAUAACUCCCUUGGUGCAAUCUUGUUGGAGUGAAGACCCAAAACUCAGACCAGAAUUCAAGGAAAUCACUGGAAUGCUGAUAAGGAUUCUUCAUGAUAUUUACACAGCAAAGAUUAAUGCACUUGCAAGGUUACAAAGGUUUGAAGAUGUUAUUAACAAAAGUGAUGAAGAAAUAUCAAAUGCACAACAUGCUCCAACUAGCUUUGAAUCAACUAUGGAGAAUGAAAACAACUCCAAACAUGAGAUUGAGACAAUGAAGCCUAAUGGUGAAACAGAUAGUGAUUCUGAUCAGAAGAAGUCAAAAAAGAAAAAUAAGAUCAAACGCUUUUUUUCUUUUUUCCGUAGUUGCAUUUGCUUUUGAUAUGGUAUGACACAAUGCUACAAGCAUCAAGUAUUGAUUGUUGAGUCUAUAGGAUUUUUCUAAUGUUUUUGCAAUGUUAUCGUUGCAAAAAUAUUAAA